CAAAAUUUCUUUAGGUAAUUUGUGCUAUAUUUGGCUGUAACUGUCAGACGCUAUUUGGCUAUAUCUGGCAACUUAUUCUUUCCGACAUUUUGAUUGUGGAACGUGUAAGAAGAACAAAUGGCUAAACGAACCAAGAAGGUUGGUGUUGUGGGAAAAUAUGGAACACGUUAUGGUGCUUCUUUACGUAAAAUGGUGAAGAAGAUUGAAAUAACUCAACACGCGAAAUAUACUUGCACGUUUUGUGGAAAGGAAACAAUGAAAAGAACAUGUGUGGGUAUAUGGAAAUGUAGAGCGUGUCAAAAGACUGUAGCUGGUGGAGCAUAUGUUUACAGCACAACUGCAGCUGCAACUGUAAGGAGUGCAGUUAGACGUUUAAGAGAAAUGAAAGAACAAUAACUUGUAUUAGAAUUUCUGUGGAAAUACAUAAUUUAACAGAAAA